UGUCCGAAUACAAGGCCCCCCACAAGCUGACCGCUCCGCUUCUGCGCGUCGGUCUGCAUCCCAUGGAUAUCUUCAAAGAUGUGGUCAAUCGGAAAACAAUACCUACCGCGGCCGAUCCCGACGGUCGAUUCCAGUACUAUGCCGAGAGGCUCACCGCUGCGGCCAUCACACAGACCUACAACUACAUGAUCGAGGGAGAUCUCGAGUACGGGUUGCUGACUACCGGCCAGACGGCGAGAACGCGGCACACUCUUGUACCAUCUAGCAGAACCGGCUUUUGAGGUGGCAGCG